GAGGAACAUGAUACUGCACCUGCAGAGAGUUGCCAUGCAGUAAUAAUUCCUGAGCAUCUGCAGGUUACUAACGCAGAUGGCUCAUGUUUGAGCUUUGGCACUUCCGGAUCUGGUAUAACUGGUCCAUCUACUGGCGCUUUUAUUCCAAGGCCUCCGAAAAGCAAUUUAGAGGUAGCCUCAGAUACAGAUACCAACAUGCCUCCAAUUGGUCAGCCAGAUACCGGAAUAUCAGAGUAUCGUCAUGAUGAGCGGAUAGGACCUUUCUUGGAUGAUAGUGUCUCUUUUAUAACUGGCACAAGCACUGACAAUUAUGGUAUGCUUUCAACUUCACAACCGGAGGUCAUCAGGGAUGAUACAUUUGUUGCUCUGCAUACAAUUCAACAAAACUUUCCAUCUGCUUCUGGUUAUGCAUUUUCAAACACCACACGACCAACUGCAGCAGCAUAUACAUAUGGACAGGCAAAUUCACAUAUGCAAAAUCUUUCUGCUUUCUCAAGUGCAAUGGCUUUGAGGCCAGCAGCAUACCUCACCUCUCAGCGACCUACUCAGAGCAUGCCCAACACUAGCAUCUCCUCGGGCUCUUUGCUCACUCAACAUCCUACUCUGCCUUCCUACUCUCAACCAGCCCACCCUUCAGGGCAUCAUCUGCCCUCUGCUGCCAUCCAGCAAGCAUGCUCAGGAAGCAACGCUUUCCAGCAGUCUCCAGCAAUGCUACUUCGUGCUGGCACAGGAUAUAUAAUACCUCGGGCUAGAAGUGGCAUCUAUCUGAAUAACUUUGCCCCACUUGCUGAUGUAGCGUCACGUCACGGAGGUUCUUGGAAUUCAGCAAAUAUUCGUAGAAGCUACAGAGGAACUCCUUCCAGCGUCUCUGCGAGCAGAAGAUUUAGAUACGGGGAGGGAGCUGGAGGCUCACAAUUUAUAAGAGCAAACCGCUUUCUGCCUCCUCGCCAGGCAAGGACGUUAAUUCUGCAUUGCUUUCUACGUUGUUUAGCUUUCUUUCCUGUCCUAUUGAGAAUGUUUUGGUUCAUCACAGGGUGAGUACGCUCCCAGAUGGGCCCGUGGAGCUAGUAGGGGAACGUCGACGGCUCUUCCUCGCAGCACAAGCUUCAGUUUUCCGGGGCGGAGUCAGCAUGGUGGGGUUCGAGAACGUCAGCAGGCCGCACAUUUUGAUGCCUCGGAUUCCCCAUGUAACCACGGUUCUCAGGCAGGAUUCUCAGAAGAACAUCAGCAGCAUCUCGGUGAAGGAAACUUUGAUGUUUCUCGGUGAUAUGGUAUGGUUACAACCUGUCUGGUGGGCAAUCAAUUUCAAAUCAAUUCAAAUAUUCGAAUGGUUAUUAAGGAAUUCAGAUUAAAAAAG